AUGAGGCCCCUGGGCAAUAGGGGAUCAUGGGGCCCCUGUGUCCUUGCCCAAACUCAAAAAAGCCUAUGAAAAAGGUACCAGGGGCAUCUCAUGGGGGCCCCCUACUGACCCCGGGCCCUCAGGCAGUGCCCAAGUUUCCAAAUGGUCAGUCCACCCCUGAUCUGAACUGUGUUUGUAUGUGCAGAAAAAUGCUGCAUGUUGUACUUUUUUUUUUGUAAAUGCACUGCAAUGUUGUAAACUAGGCUCACUGGAAUGCAUCUAUUGUUCAUUCAUACUGUAUUUAUGCUGCAUUUAA